AUGGAAGGUGUCUUUGGGUCAGCAGAAAGCCGCGAGCAGAUCACAUUCGAGCUCGAACAACCACUAGCUUCUUCAAAAACGCUCAACGCAUUCCAGAUGCCGGCAGGAGACCACACAUUCUUAUUCGAUUUUCUACUCCCAAGCAAGAUUCUCGACACAGUGACUGGCGCAAACAAUCAAUAUCACACAUAUCGUGUGGAUGUCAUUAUCGAGCGACGCCUCAAAAGCGAUUUCGUGGUCUCGCAGCCGAUUAGGAUCUACAAGGUUUCCGAUUUAGAGACCAGCUAUUUGAGACCGCAUUGUCCACUGACUCUCGAGGGUCAUUCCAACGAAAAUAUCCAGUAUUGCCUCUCCAUCGCUGAUCGGAACGUUCCUUUUGGUUGCACAUUUCCUGUGGAAUGCUGGUUUGCACCGCUGUUGAAAUAUGCUACACUCAACGCUGUUACAAUCAAAGUGGUUGAGAAACAGACUGCGCGGUUAGAAGCUACUGCUGCAGAAUCAGUACGACACAACGUACGGUUUAUCACUACAGCACAUACUCAAACUGUGUUCUCCAAGACGGUCGAUUUUUCUCAAGGGGAUGAGUCUCCCUCGGAUGAUGGUCUUUCCGAGAUUGAAUGGCGCUUUACCACACCUGUCUCUCUGCCCGGAAGUCUCAAUGCCUGCUCGCAGACUAUCUCGACCAGACACAUCAAGAUCAGCCAUGAGCUUUCUAUCACUGCCGACUUCCGCAAUGAGGCGGGUGAUACAGCAGCUGUGAUCACACAAGUCAUGCCACUGAAGAUUUUCAUGACACCUAAUGUGAUUGGAGGGGAUUCUACCAUUCGCGGGCAGGAUAUACAAUACAUCCAGGGCAGCCGAAGCCCUCCUCCACCUUACAAGGAGCGUUUCUCUGACUUGAUAGUCUCGGCAGCUGCUCAACUGGAUAUAUGCGGCCAGCCGACCCUAGACGAGAUCAAUUACGCACGGUCAUCAAGUGAACAAAAUGCGAGUAUUCACACUUUGGAGCCUUCGCCCCGAUACAAAGAGGUCGUAUAG